AUGGCCCCCAAGCAGAAAGGUGGGCAAAAGCCCAAGCAAAAUGCGGCGGAGGAAGUGGAGGAGACCUUCCAGGCUGUGGUGCUCGCGGAUACCUUUGAGACGAGAUUCGAACCCUUUACCCGCGACAAGCCUCGAUGCCUUUUGCCGCUCGCAAAUACUCCUUUGAUCGAAUACACUCUCGAGUUCCUGGCCAAUGCGGGUGUGGAGGAGGUUUUCCUCUAUGGAGGCGCACACUCGAACCAGUUGGAGAAAUACAUCAAUGCAUCGAAAUGGAGGGCCUUAUCUUCUCCCUUCAAGCAACUGACCUUCCUCAAAUCGACCUCCACCUCUGUCGGUGACGUUAUGCGCGACUUGGACGGCAAACAUCUGAUUACUGGAGACUUCAUUGUCGUGAGCGGCGAUGUGAUUAGCAACCUGCCCAUCGAGGGUGCGUUGGCCCAGCACCGAGCCCGCCGAGAAACCGAUAAGAACGCUAUCAUGACCAUGGUGCUACGGGAAGCUGGCCUACAACACAGGACCAAGUCCUCCUCGAUUUCACCGGUCUUCGUCAUUGACCCUACCAAGGACCGCUGUCUCCACUACGAGGAAAUCGAUCGCCAUGCAGAUGAAGACCAGCUGUCUCGUCUGAAUAUUGACGCCGAAAUCAUUCUCAAGCACCCCGAGCUGGAUAUCCGCCAAGACCUGAUCGACUGCAGCAUCGAUAUUUGCACCCCGGAUGUGCUGAGCUUGUGGUCUGAUAGUUUCGAUUACCAAUCCCCCCGGAAGCACUACUUGUAUGGUGUCUUGAAAGAUUACGAGCUCAACGGCAAGACUCUGCACACAUACAUCAUUAAGGACCACUACGCCGCGCGCGUGCGCAACCUGAAGGCUUAUGACGCUAUCAGCAAAGAUAUUCUUUCGCGCUGGACUUAUCCCUUAUGCCCUGAUACGAACCUCCUUCCUGGUCACACGUACACUCUUCGCAAGGGUAGCAUGUACCAAGAAACCGGGGUGACCCUAGCACGCUCUUGCGUGAUCGGGCGCCGCACAGGAACGAGCAUUGGAGACCGCGCAGAAGUUCACAACUCCGUUCUUGGCCGGAAUUGCAAGAUCGGCCGCAACGUCAAAUUGGACGGUGCAUAUAUUUGGGAUGAUGUCGUGAUUGGGGACGGCACAGACGUCCGUGGAGCGAUCAUCGCUGAUGGCGUCGUUCUUGGCAAGGACUGUACCGUCGCACCGGGAGCUCUCCUGUCUUACGGUGUUAAAAUCGCAGAUGGAAUUUCCGUGGAGAGCGGGACGCGCAUCACAAAAACCCGAAACGAUGGAAGCGUUGGCAAGAACGAUCCGGCGGUUGUUGGUGAAGGAGGCGAAGGUUAUGAGUUUAUUCACGGUGAGGAAGAAGAUGAUGAGGACGAUGAUGUGAGCGUUGCCUCAUCAGGUCUUGUUUACCGCAUGCCUCACCUCUCACUGUCUUCCGCUUCCAUCUCCACAUUGUCAUCUGAGGUCUCGAAUACCUCUUGGGCACGAUCUGAGCGCAGUAGUUUCUCUGCAGACGAGGAGGCUGAUAACUUCCAUCACGACGCAUCUGUCAGCUUGUUUGACAGUCUACGUGAAGGUGUAGCAGCAGAUGUGGUCCAGUUGGAGUUGGUCACUUUGCGUAUGAGCGCCAAUGCCUCGGAUAACCAGGUCCGUCGCGCCAUCGUAUCAUCCUUUAUGAAGCACAUCCAGCAACUCAUGGAGGCCGGCAAGGGUGCCGGCCUGGCAGUCAACGAGGUGUUCACGGCAUACAAGGAAGUCGUUGAACGCACUCUGUUCGAUCGCAACAAGGAGCAGAAGAACGACCAAGUUGACUUCCUGGUCCUACUUCAGCAGGAUCUCAUUAACCGUAACAAGGGUGACACUGUUCUCCUCUUUACUGCCAAAUCUUUGUACGAGCUUGAUCUCAUCGAAGAAGAGGCCUAUGACCAGUGGUGGAAUGAUGAGCGCUCCAGUAAGACUGAGGAGAUGAGGGCUGUCCGCAGCCAGUCCCAGCAAUUUGUUGAUUGGCUGGCUGAGGCUGAGGAGGAGAGUAGCGAGGAGGAAUCCGAGGAGGAGACCGGCGUCUUUGCCGCCCCCUCGCUCACCACGACUCCCAAAACACGAAAGAGAAAGGCGGCCGAGGCGGCGAUUACGGACAAGGACGAGCCACUGCCAAAAGCCGCCCACGGCUCCCGGAACGCCACUUCGACAUUCUCCGAUCGACGCUCAGCAAAAAGCGAGUCCAUAACCACCGAGACGACGGAUCGAGCAAGUCCGGGGUUCGAGGUGCAGAAGAAAGGGAUCUCCGCGACACCCGCCUCCACGACCGCCAGCAUGGACUCCGACGAUGAGUUCAUGAGUGACGUCUCCAGUCAAGGGGAUUUCUUAGGCACCCAGGGAUCCGAUGACGAUAGCUUAGGGGAAGGUGUGCCUUGGGUGGAAGCAGAUUACGACGAUCUCGACACCGGAUUCUCGGACGAUAAAGAUCUCAUCAAGCAUAAAAAGAAGCCAUAUGAAGUCGAGUUCAAGGUUCUUGAACCUUCCGAUAUUGAUCAUGAGCAGCUCGGCCAAGUUAACGAGGUUUGCGCCAUCCUUGGACUGCCGCCAGAGUCGGCGGCCAUCCUAUUGCGGUUCGGACGGUGGAACAAAGAAAAGUUGAUCGAGUCCUAUAUGGAGUAUCCGGAGAAGACUUUGGAGCAGGCAGGUCUUGGGUCGACCUCAGAGUGGAACCCAAAGACGCAGGUCAUCCCGGGCUUCACAUGUGACAUCUGCUGUGAGGAUGGCGAUGACCUUGAGACAUACGCCAUGCGCUGUGAGCACCGGUUUUGUGUCGACUGUUAUCGGCAAUACCUAGGACAGAAGAUUAAGGAUGAAGGGGAAGCUGCGCGGAUUCAGUGUCCAGGCGAUGGUUGUCAUCGCAUUGUGGACUCAAAGUCGCUGGACUUGCUCGUAGCAAAGGAGCUGCAAGGAAGAUACCGCGAACUUCUCACUCGAACGUACGUUGACGACAAGGAAAACUUGAAAUGGUGUCCAGCUCCAAACUGUCAGUACGCCAUUGACUGUUGGGUCAGGAGUCGUGAUCUCCGCCGUAUAGUCCCAACGGUUCAAUGUCUCUGCAAGCAUGAGUUCUGUUUCGGCUGUUCUCUCAAUGACCAUCAGCCCGCACCUUGCAAACUGGUCAAGAUGUGGCUUCAAAAAUGCGAAGAUGACUCCGAGACUGCCAACUGGAUCUCUGCAAACACGAAAGAGUGUGCUAAGUGUAACUCCACUAUCGAGAAGAAUGGCGGUUGUAACCACAUGACUUGUCGCAAGUGCAAGUACGAAUUUUGCUGGAUGUGUAUGGGCCUCUGGUCUGAGCAUGGCACCAGCUGGUAUAACUGCAACCGAUAUGAAGAAAAGUCCGGCGCAGACGCGCGCAGUGCUCAAGCUAAAUCGCGUUCGUCCCUGGAGCGUUAUCUGCAUUAUUAUAAUCGGUAUGCGAAUCACGAGCAGUCUGCUAAGCUCGACAAAGAUUUGUACCUGAAGACGGAGAAAAAGAUGACUAGUCUUCAGUCUCAAUCUGGUCUGUCUUGGAUUGAGGUUCAGUUCCUUGACACCGCGUCACAGGCGCUGCAGCAAUGUCGCCAAACUCUGAAGUGGACUUAUGCGUUUGCGUUCUACCUUGCUCGCAACAAUCUGACUGAAAUAUUUGAGGAUAAUCAGAAGGAUCUGGAGAUGGCCGUUGAAAGUCUCAGCGAGAUGUUCGAGAAGCCGGUUUCUGAUCUAGCAGGCCUUAAGCUUGAUAUCCUCAAUAAGACCACUUAUUGCACGCAGCGCAGGGUGCCUGGUCAUUUAACGUUGAGUGGUAAAUCACAACUCACCAUAACCAUCCGCUCGCAGAUUGCGGAGAUAUUGACGACAUGA